AACUAUAUUAUUAUAAAAUAUAUUAAAUAAAUAUUAAAAUAUUCCAAAAUUAAAUUCAAAAGUUAAACAUAGAUAAAAAACUACCUUGUAAACUCUCCCUUAUUUAGUAUAAACGUUUUCUAUAUACCUAUUAUAGUAUUAUCUGAUACACUAUUCUGCUAUUGAAUAUUAUUAGUAGUAUUAAUUGGCAUUGAGAGUAUAAGAAACUGUUGACAGUUUAAGCAAAUAAAAAUGACUACAACCAGAUUAGAAAUAGAUGUCAAAAGACUAUUAUCAGUUUGUGAAGAAAUGGCUCAAAAUAAUUCAUCUGAUGAUUGGCGGUUAAGCAAAUAUAUAGAAGCUGUCAGUGAAAUGAUUGCAGAAUUAAUCAAAAAAAGUGAUCCAGACAAAGAUGCAAUUAACCAGUACACAAAACGAAUGGAAUUCCUUAAAGGAUUUUUGAAUACCAAAGACAUUGAAAAUCCAGAAAAGAAAUUAGUUGCACUGGAAAUGUUGGAACCUGUACAGGAGUCUAACAGCCGUUCAAAAGAUAUUAAGCAAAAGUAUAAAGUUACUUAUACAAAACAAUUGAGAGAUGAACUCCUUGGAAAUGACACAAAUGAAUUCAGAUCAUCUAGGCAACCUGAUGUAGAUAGUAGUGAUAAUUUAGAUGAACUAUUGAGACAUCAUCAAAAUAAACAGGAAUCUAUUGCUGAAGAAUUGAUUGCAAUAACUCGUGGUUUACGAGAACAUUCAGAACUUGCUGGAAAAAUAAUUAAAAAAGACAUUGAAAUUUUAGAGAAAUCAUCAAAAGGUAUGGAUACUAAUUUUGAAAAUUUAAAAAGAGAAGAACAGAGAUUAACGGAGUUUGUAAGAAAAAGCACUUGGAGGUGUUGGAUAUGGGUUCUAGCUGUUGCUAUGGUUGCAAUUUUUAUAAAAAUGAUUUUAUUUAUCAAAGUGACGAAAAAAAGUUAGUGAAAUUGAAUUAUCUGCGCAUCUUUAAGUUAUGUAAUUAUACAAUUUACAUAAAAUUUAUAUUGAUUGUAUUCCCUUAUUAUUUUUGUUAAAAAGAAAUAUUUACCUAUUGAUAUAAAU